AUGGACCGUCUGGGAAUGUUCCAGGUGCCCCCUCUGGGGCCACCACCGCUUACAAACCAACCACCACAGAUCUUUGGCGGCUCAUAUCUCCCCGAUGGACUUCCGCCAGACUUGGCGGCGCACAUGUUUCCAGACUCCAGCUUGUUGCUAGACGACAGCAGCGAUGCCAAGAGGCGGAGAAUUGCUAGGGCCUGUGAUCAAUGCAGAAGGAAGAAGAUCAAGUGCGAUGGUAAGCUGCCGGCGUGCACUCAUUGCACCAACUACAAGACCGAAUGCAUCUUUACCCAGAUCGAAAAGAAGAGGGCGACGCCAAAGGGUGCCAAAUACAUCGAAGCACUGGAGAACCGCCUAGCUCGCAUGGAAAAGCUUCUUCGGCUGGCUGGCAUCAUCGUGAAUGAGGACGACGACCUUGCUGAACUCGAGAAGAGACUCACCGAAAAGGCACGACAGACCGCCGGCACUCAAAGCUCAACCCCUUCCUCGCCGUCACGCCUCACGUCGGAAAGCGACGGCACGGCCUCUCCCAGAAGCUCGGUGACGUCGCCAGGUUUCCAAAAGGACAAGGACAGAAGACAGGAUGAUAAGCACAAAUCAAUCGCCACCCCCGUGAGCCUCCAGGGCGAGGAGGAGGUCGAGGCAUUGUCAGAAAUGAUGUGCUCGCUGGUAACCAACAACUCCGGAGAGACCAGAUAUAUCGGCUCCUCGUCCGGCUUCUCCAUCUUCUCACCAAAGGGCAUUCAAUGGAUCAACAACAAGACUGGCGAUGUCGCCUUCCAGAACAUGAUCUCCGAGGUCUCCGAAGAUGACCACAAGUGGACGAAUUGGAAGCCUGAAAUAUUCAGGGACCUGUUUCAGCGGCCUGUCUUCCGACCCCUACCGUCCAAGGCCGAGGCCAUGUCUCUGCUUACAGAUUAUUUCGAGAACUUCAACUGCAUGUUUCCGCUCUUCCACCAGCCGACCUUCAUGCACCUGGUCGAGCGCCAGUACUCCGAUGACCCCUACCAGGGUUCGGGUUGGUGGGCAAGUCUCAACUGUGCCUUGGCCAUCGCUCAUCGCCUGCGCGUCAUGAGUAAUCUGGUUCCGCAAGAGGAGGAUGACAAGGCUUGGGGCUACAUGAAGAACGCUAUGGGCGUCUUUGCCGAACUUACCAUGCGCAACACGGAUCUGCUGAGCGUCCAGGCUCUGCUUGGGAUGGCUCUCUUCAUGCAGGGGACACCCAAUCCUCAGCCGACCUUCCUAUUGAUUGCUGCCGCCAUUCGGCUUUCGCAUAGCAUUGGCCUCCACAAAAAGGGCACGGGAUUCAACCUCAAUCCCAUCGAAAUCGAGCAGCGCAAGCGUGUGUUUUGGAUCGCUUACAUGCUGGACAAGGAUCUCUGCCUGAGAUCAGGGCGCCCCCCUGCUCAGGAUGACGACGACAUGAACGUCGAGCUUCCCGAUGCCGACCCCGAGGACAACAUUGGCAACAUCCCUCUGGCAGAUGGAAAGGGCAAGAUGAAUCUGUUCCGAGUCAUGUGCGAAUUCGCCGUCAUCGAAAGCAACGUCUACAAGAGGCUGUACGCGGCCAAGGCAGCGAAGCAAUCCGACGGCGAGCUUCUUGCAACGAUCGGAGAGUUGGAUCAACAGCUGGAGGAGUGGAAGGACCGGAUCCCCAUCGACUUUAGGCCCGAGCAUGAAAUCAGGGCUUCGCACACGCCUCUUAUCCUCCAUAUCGUCAUGGUGCAUUUUACUUACUACAACUGCUUGACAACCAUCCACCGCAUGUCAGUUCACCACGGCUUUUGGACCAGCCGGCUUGCCAACUAUGCCAUCUCAGGCCAGAAUGUGCGGCCACUGAACCCCAGAGUGUAUUCGUCUGCCAUGCUCUCAACAGCAGCAGCACGGGCAUCCAUCUCACUGCUCAAGUACAUUCCCCAGGGAGACUUUUCUUGUGUGUGGUUGAUUCUCUACUUCCCAGUCUCGGCACUAGUCACCCUUUUCGGCAACAUCCUACAGAAUCCUCUCGAUCAGCGUGCCAAAUCCGAUGUCCGACUGAUGAAUCUCGUCGUUACAUUUCUCUCAAUGCUUGGUCAGGAGGCUGAGCAGGGCGGCGUCCACAGAAUGCUGGGCAUCUGCUCCGAAUUCUGCCGAAUCGCGCAGAGAGUCAUUGAGAAGGCUGAAAAGGAACAAUCUUCUCGACGUAAGCGCAAGGCCGUCGACACUCCAGGAAGCACAGACGCCCCAACGACGACACCGCAGACCAGCGUCCACGAUACGCUGACGCCCGAGUUUGCUGCUGCACGUGCCUCGAUUCACAAUGCAGCCAACAAGGCCACGCCAUCAGGCUCGUCACCGUCACUCGACCCUACGGGGUGGACACAGGACUACCAGAUGCCCCAAGACGUCGAGUUCGAGUCCUUCAGCGAUCUGACGGGAUUCGGCAGUGAUGUUCAGUCACCGCCUGUGCCCAACGGCCGUGGCUUCCCGCAACCGUUGCUCCCCCAAGACCUCUUUUCCUUGUCUAUGAGCCUGGAUUGGAACUGGGUUGAGAUGAGCGGAGGGGCGUACCCGACGGUCGAGAAUGGCAACUUUGGCGGCCUCGAGAACACGGGGGUGCUUGAUCCACGAGAGCAGAGGCAGUGA